AUGGAUCAAUUCUACCUUUCGUUAAUAAGUGGUGCCUGUGCAGGUACAUCCACCGAUCUAGUAUUCUUCCCCAUAGAUACUAUUAAGACUAGAUUACAAGCCAAGGGAGGAUUUUUCCACAAUGGGGGAUGGCGUGGGAUAUAUAAAGGUCUUGGCUCUUGUGUAGUCGGCUCAGCUCCAUCAGCAUCCCUAUUUUUCGUCACUUACGAUUCCAUGAAACGUUAUUUACCCACCACCAUUAGUCAACCUGUCAAUCAUAUGAUAUCUGCAUCAUUAGGGGAAAUAGCAGCUUGUUUAGUGAGAGUUCCUGUUGAAGUUAUAAAGCAAAGAACCCAAACUGGAAUGGGAACUUCAUCAUUAUCCAAUUUCAAACAUAUUAUCACCAAUCAAUCAGGUGAAGGUGUUAUCAGAGGUUUAUACAGAGGUUGGAAUUCCACCAUCAUGAGAGAAAUCCCUUUCACCGUCAUACAGUUCCCUUUAUAUGAGUACUUUAAAAAACGUUGGAGUACCAAUUCCUUGCAAUCGUCAUUAUGUGGAUCGUUAGCAGGAGGUAUUGCAGCUGCUGUAACCACCCCGUUAGACGUUAUCAAGACUAGAAUCAUGUUAAGUAAAGAAGGUAUUGGUGCUGUUGAGUUAAUCAAAACAUUAGUCAAAGAAGAAGGUUAUGGGGCUUUAUUCAGAGGUAUAGUACCUAGAACAUGUUGGAUUAGUGCUGGAGGAGCCAUUUUCUUAGGUUGUUAUGAGGUUGUUCAUACCAAUCUCUCGCUGUAA